UAACACUGCCUUGUCGUCUUGUCUUUCUUCUUCUUCUUCCUCUCUUUCUCAUUCCUUUUGUUUAUCGUUUUCCUCAGAUCUCUCCUCCUUUUGAUCUGAUCCCUCCCUACCAAAUGCCUCAGAUUUGAUUUCUUCAAUUUACUGUUAGAGUAAGUUCGCAGCAGCAGAGAUGGGGCAAUGUUACGGGAAGGUUAAUAACCAGAGCAAGCAGAAUCUCGGAGGAGACGAAGCUAACACCACUACUUACGUCGUCUCCGGCGACGGGAGCCAGAAUCAGCCUCUCACUCCUCUCAGAGCUAAGAACGCUACUCCGGCUAGGUCAUCGAAUCCGAGCCCAUGGCCUAGUCCUUUCCCUCACGGAUCCUCGAGUCCUCUCCCUCCCGGCGUCUCCCCUUCUCCGGCGAGGACUUCGACCCCGAGGAGAUUCUUCCGGCGGCCUUUCCCUCCGCCGUCUCCGGCGAAACACAUUAAGGCGUCGUUGAUAAAAAGGCUUGGAGUGAAGCCCAAGGAAGGCCCAAUCCCUGAGGAGGGAGGAGGAGAGAGUGAGCAGUCGCUGCUUGAUAAGAGCUUUGGGUAUGGGAAGAACUUUGGGGCCAAGUAUGAGUUGGGGAAAGAAGUGGGGCGAGGGCAUUUUGGUCAUACUUGUUCUGGUCGUGGGAAGAAGGGUGAGGUUAAGGAUCAUCCUGUUGCUGUUAAGAUCAUCUCCAAGGCUAAGAUGACAACAGCAAUAGCAAUUGAAGACGUUCGGAGGGAGGUGAAGCUGUUGAAAUCAUUAUCUGGACACAAACAUCUGAUCAGAUAUUAUGAUGCAUGUGAGGACGCCAAUAACGUAUACAUUGUCAUGGAGUUGUGUGAAGGUGGAGAGCUUCUAGACAGAAUAUUAGCAAGGGGUGGCAAAUACCCAGAGGAGGACGCAAAGGCUAUUGUCGUACAGAUCCUAAACGUGGUUUCGUUUUGUCAUCUCCAAGGAGUUGUCCACCGAGACUUAAAGCCAGAGAAUUUUCUAUUCACAUCUAGCCGCGAAGACUCAGACUUGAAGCUUAUUGACUUUGGCCUCUCAGACUUUGUCAAACCCGAUGAGAGACUGAAUGAUAUAGUUGGAAGCGCAUACUAUGUGGCGCCUGAGGUUCUACACAGAUCAUACAGCCUUGAAGCUGAUAUAUGGAGCAUUGGAGUUAUUACAUAUAUACUCUUGUGUGGAAGCAGGCCUUUUUGGGCACGCACGGAAUCUGGAAUCUUCCGCACUGUGCUGAGGAGUGAACCGCACUACGAUGACUUGCCUUGGCCAACUGUUUCACCGGAAGGUAAAGAGUUUGUGAAACGUCUUCUCAACAAAGACUAUAGGAAACGAAUGUCUGCAGUUCAAGCUCUGACUCAUCCAUGGUUAAGAGAUGAGAGUCGUGCGAUUCCUUUAGAUAUUCUGAUCUUUAAGUUGGUCAAAGCCUAUUUGCACGCAACACCUCUUCGACGUGCUGCUUUAAAGGCUCUAGCAAAAGCAUUGACAGAGAACGAGCUAGUCUAUCUUAGAGCACAGUUCAUGCUCUUGGGACCAAACAAAGAUGGAAGCAUCUCCCUCGAAAACUUUAAAAUGGCGCUUAUGCAGAAUGCAACAGACGCAAUGAGAGAAUCCAGAGUUCCUGAAAUUCUCAACAUGAUGGAAUCUCUAGCGUAUAGAAAGAUGUUUUUCGAAGAGUUUUGUGCAGCUGCGAUAAGCAUCCAUCAACUAGAAGCUGUUGAAUCUUGGGAUGAGAUUGCAGCCGCUGGUUUUGAGCAUUUUGAGACCGAGGGAAACCGAGGGAUCACCAUCGAGGAGCUAGCAAGGGAACUGAAUGUGGGAGCGUCUGCGUACGGGCACUUGAGAGAGUGGGUAAGAAGCAGUGACGGGAAGCUGAGUUUCUUAGGGUUCACUAAGUUCUUGCAUGGAGUUACUCUUCGUGCUGCUCACGCAAGACCUCGCUAGUCCUUUAUUCUUUUUUUUAGUUUUCUUUCUUCUAUUAUUUAUUUUUCAUCAAAACAGAUUUUAUUAUAGACUUCUUGAGAGACGUAAGGGGUAUUUUCGUCCG